AUGCUGAUUUUUCAGUUUUUGCUGCUCUUGUGGCUUGCAUCCACCGUUCUUUCGGCGCAAGUCACCGGGGUGUUUACAGCCAUCAACAACAUCGUGCCUCCUAGCAACCAGCAGCCUCAUAUACCUUCAUGGCAAGCAACUGUUGCAUGGAAAAUUGAUUCCUCACAAGUCGCACCUGGCGAUACAUUUACGUUAACACUUCCUAAUGUGUUCAAGUUUACUUCCACGACAAACACUCUUGCGUUGUCUUCAGGGGGCACCAACUAUGCCACAUGUACCUUGACCUCAGGAGAAAAUUUACUUCCAUACUCACUGAUUUCUUGUACGGCAUUGCCAGCUGUCACAACUGUAGCAGAGGCUGAUGGUACCAUAACUUUCCCUUUCACUUUCAACCCAGGAAUGACGAAUUCUCCACAGGAUUUGGCAGCCGCCACCCUAUGGACUCCUGGCCAAAAUUUAGUAACUUUCCAGGACGGUGCAGACCUUACUUUCACAGUGACAAUGAGUGCUGGAGCAUACUCUAUUCAGUCAAAUCCUGACCAGGGUUCUUAUAUGACCAGAAAGUUGACUCGUUUACAGCAGAUGGAACAUUACUACCAGGGUCCCAAGUGUGACCAACCGAUGUCCGGAACGAUCACAAUGGCGCUGGGCGGUCAAGUUCAAUUCGAUUGUUCGCAAUCUGGUGCCUACUUGUCCAACAGUUUCAACGCAUGGCAAUUCCCAUCACAGGCUUUGACCACUGCAGGUGGUGGUAGCAUCACUUACACCUGUAGCCCUUCUUCCAUCGUCGCGACUUUCACCGACCUACCUCCUGGAUACAGGCCAUACAUCGUGGGUUUUUCCAACGUCUUUACAGGUCAGUAUCAAGAUAUAUACUCGGGCAGUGGAAUCUGCGGUAAGCAGGCAUUUUCCCAGACAGUCACAUGGCUGUCUUACAACGAUCUAGACCCCAAUGGAACUGGUAACGUCAAGCCGAUUGUCGUCACCACCAUCACUAGAGAUGACAUAAAUACUCCUUCGCUUACCACUGCCAUAGGCGUUUCAACCAAUACAAUUGAAGUCUUAGUUCCAAGAUCAGUCACCACAGUCACCACUACAUGGACCAACCCAUACUCUUCGGAAACAACUACAACAGACUCAAGCGGAAUUAGAAUUGUGGAAAUUCAAGUUCCUUACUCUACCUCCACUACUAUUGGACCACUGUCUGGUACUGAAACUGUGACUGAGAGUGGAACCACAUAUGUUAGAAUCACUGAUGUUCUCUCGACUUCGACUACUCUUGGACCACUGUCUGGUACUGAGACUGUUACUGAGAGUGGAACCACAUAUGUGAGAGUCACUGAUGUUCUUUCGACUUCGACUACUCUUGGACCACUGUCUGGUACUGAGACUGUUACUGAGAGUGGAACCACAUAUGUGAGAGUUACUGAUGUUCUUUCGACUUCGACUACUCUUGGACCACUGUCUGGUACUGAGACUGUUACUGAGAGUGGUACUACAUAUGUGAGAGUCACUGAUGUUCUUUCCACAUCAACUACUCUUGGACCACUGUCUGGUACUGAGACUGUUACUGAGAGUGGAACCACAUAUGUUAGAGUCACUGAUGUCCUUUCUACAUCAACCACUCUUGGACCACUGUCUGGUACUGAGACUGUGACCGAAAGUGGAACCACAUACGUGAGAGUCACUGAUGUUCUUUCGACUUCGACUACUCUUGGACCACUGUCUGGUACUGAGACUGUUACUGAGAGUGGAACCACAUACGUGAGAGUCACUGAUGUUCUCUCGACUUCGACUACUCUUGGACCACUGUCUGGUACUGAGACUGUGACCGAGAGUGGAACCACAUAUGUUAGAGUCACUGAUGUCCUUUCUACAUCAACCACUCUUGGACCACUGUCUGGUACUGAGACUGUUACUGAGAGUGGUACUACAUACGUGAGAGUCACUGAUGUUCUCUCGACUUCGACUACUCUUGGACCACUGUCUGGUACUGAGACUGUGACCGAAAGCGGAACCACAUAUGUUAGAGUCACUGAUGUCCUUUCUACAUCAACCACUCUUGGACCACUGUCUGGUACUGAGACUGUGACCGAAAGUGGAACCACAUAUGUUAGAGUCACUGAUGUCCUUUCUACAUCAACCACUCUUGGACCACUGUCUGGUACUGAGACUGUUACUGAGAGUGGAACCACAUACGUGAGAGUCACUGAUGUUCUCUCGACUUCGACUACUCUUGGACCACUGUCUGGUACUGAGACUGUGACCGAGAGUGGAACCACAUAUGUUAGAGUCACUGAUGUCCUUUCUACAUCAACCACUCUUGGACCACUGUCUGGUACUGAGACUGUUACUGAGAGUGGUACUACAUACGUGAGAGUCACUGAUGUUCUCUCGACUUCGACUACUCUUGGACCACUGUCUGGUACUGAGACUGUGACCGAAAGCGGAACCACAUAUGUUAGAGUCACUGAUGUCCUUUCUACAUCAACCACUCUUGGACCACUGUCUGGUACUGAGACUGUGACCGAAAGUGGAACCACAUAUGUUAGAGUCACUGAUGUCCUUUCUACAUCAACCACUCUUGGACCACUGUCUGGUACUGAGACUGUUACUGAGAGUGGAACCACAUACGUGAGAGUCACUGAUGUUCUCUCGACUUCGACUACUCUUGGACCACUGUCUGGUACUGAGACUGUGACCGAGAGUGGAACCACAUACGUGAGAGUCACUGAUGUCCUUUCUACAUCAACCACUCUUGGACCACUGUCUGGUACUGAGACUGUUACUGAGAGUGGUACUACAUAUGUGAGAGUCACUGAUGUUCUUUCGACUUCGACUACUCUUGGACCACUGUCUGGUACUGAAACUGUGACCGAAAGCGGAACCACAUAUGUUAGAAUCACUGAUGUUCUCUCGACUUCGACUACUCUUGGACCACUGUCUGGUACUGAGACUGUUACUGAGAGUGGUACUACAUAUGUGAGAGUCACUGAUGUUCUUUCCACAUCAACUACUCUUGGACCACUGUCUGGUACUGAGACUGUUACUGAGAGUGGUACUACAUACGUGAGAGUCACUGAUGUUCUCUCGACUUCGACUACUCUUGGACCACUGUCUGGUACUGAGACUGUGACCGAGAGUGGAACCACAUAUGUUAGAGUCACUGAUGUCCUUUCUACAUCAACCACUCUUGGACCACUGUCUGGUACUGAGACUGUUACUGAGAGUGGUACUACAUACGUGAGAGUCACUGAUGUUCUCUCGACUUCGACUACUCUUGGACCACUGUCUGGUACUGAGACUGUGACCGAAAGCGGAACCACAUAUGUUAGAGUCACUGAUGUCCUUUCUACAUCAACCACUCUUGGACCACUGUCUGGUACUGAGACUGUGACCGAAAGUGGAACCACAUAUGUUAGAGUCACUGAUGUCCUUUCUACAUCAACCACUCUUGGACCACUGUCUGGUACUGAGACUGUGACCGAAAGCGGAACCACAUAUGUUAGAGUCACUGAUGUCCUUUCUACAUCAACCACUCUUGGACCACUGUCUGGUACUGAGACUGUGACCGAAAGUGGAACCACAUAUGUGAGAGUCACUGAUGUCCUUUCUACAUCAACCACUCUUGGACCACUGUCUGGUACUGAGACUGUUACUGAGAGUGGUACUACAUAUGUGAGAGUCACUGAUGUUCUUUCGACUUCGACUACUCUUGGACCACUGUCUGGUACUGAGACUGUUACUGAGAGUGGUACUACAUAUGUGAGAGUCACUGAUGUUCUCUCGACUUCGACUACUCUUGGACCACUGUCUGGUACUGAGACUGUUACUGAGAGUGGUACUACAUAUGUGAGAGUCACUGAUGUUCUUUCCACAUCAACUACUCUUGGACCACUGUCUGGUACUGAGACUGUUACUGAGAGUGGAACCACAUAUGUGAGAGUUACUGAUGUUCUUUCGACUUCGACUACUCUUGGACCACUGUCUGGUACUGAGACUGUUACUGAGAGUGGUACUACAUAUGUGAGAGUUACUGAUGUUCUUUCGACUUCGACUACUCUUGGACCACUGUCUGGUACUGAGACUGUUACUGAGAGUGGAACCACAUAUGUGAGAGUUACUGAUGUUCUUUCUACAUCAACCAAGACCGGAUCAGCCGAGGGAACUACCACUACAACUGGAAGUGACACUACAUAUGUAAUUGUGACUGUGACUCCACUGGCAUCUGGUGGUCUUUCUACGUCAACCACGACCGGAUCAGCUGAGGGAACUACCACUACAACUGGUAGUGACACUACAUAUGUAAUUGUGACUGUAACUCCACUGGCAUCUGGUGGUCUCUCUACGUCAACCACGACCGGAUCAGCUGAGGGAACUACCACUACAACUGGAAGUGACACUACAUAUGUAAUUGUCACUGUGACUCCACUGGCAUCUGAUGGUCUUUCUACAUUUACCACUCUUGGAUCUUUGCCUGGUACUACUACUGUGACUGAGAGUGGAACCACAUACGUUAUUGUCACUGAUGUUCUUUCUACAUCAACCACGACCGGAUCAGCUGAGGGAACUACCACUACAACUGGUAGUGACACUACAUAUGUAAUUGUGACUGUGACUCCACUGGCAUCUGGUGGUCUCUCUACGUCAACCACGACCGGAUCAGCUGAGGGAACUACCACUACAACUGGAAGUGACACUACAUAUGUAAUUGUGACUGUGACCCCACUGGCAUCUGAUGGUCUUUCUACGUCAACCACGACCGGAUCAGCUGAGGGAACUACCACUACAACUGGUAGUGACACUACAUAUGUAAUUGUGACUGUGACUCCACUGGCAUCUGGUGGUCUCUCUACGUCAACCACGACCGGAUCAGCUGAGGGAACUACCACUACAACUGGAAGUGACACUACAUAUGUAAUUGUGACUGUGACUCCACUGGCAUCUGAUGGUCUCUCUACGUCAACCACGACCGGAUCAGCUGAGGGAACUACCACUACAACUGGAAGUGACACUACAUAUGUAAUUGUCACUGUGACUCCACUGGCAUCUGAUGGUCUUUCUACAUUUACCACUCUUGGAUCUUUGCCUGGUACUACUACUGUGACUGAGAGUGGAACCACAUACGUUAUUGUCACUGAUGUUCUUUCUACAUCAACCACGACCGGAUCAGCCGAGGGAACUACCACUACAACUGGUAGUGACACUACAUAUGUAAUUGUGACUGUGACUCCACUGGCAUCUGGUGGUCUCUCUACGUCAACCACGACCGGAUCAGCUGAGGGAACUACCACUACAACUGGAAGUGACACUACAUAUGUAAUUGUCACUGUGACUCCACUGGCAUCUGAUGGUCUUUCUACAUUUACCACUCUUGGAUCUUUGCCUGGUACUACUACUGUGACUGAGAGUGGAACCACAUACGUUAUUGUCACUGAUGUUUUUCUUAGGGAG